UUGACUCUAUAUAAACAAGUUUAAAGAAGACUUAAUGCUAUCGUAAUUACUUUUGAAGUGGCCAUAAAAAUAAACAAAUUAAUUUAAUAAGUUUUACCAAAAAAACAGUAUAAAACUUAUAUCUCAAUAAUUUAAAGUAAUAUAAAUAAUACUUCUAUUAUUGUUGCCAAUUGAACUUGUGAUUGUCAGCUUGGAUAUUUGGAAUAGUUACUUAUUUAUCAAUACGUUAUCAAAUAAGCGCGUAACAUUUAUUAGAUAUACUGAGGCGUUCAGCUUGUUUGGUAUGAUAGUUGCUUAUCGUUGGCUACUCUAUAAAUAGGGUAACGCAAUCUACUUUUGGUAUUUGCGUCUACGGUACGCGUCCAGUGCGUCGCUCCGUUUUGUUGUGUACAAAUUACUUUUUCAAAAUGGCUUCGAGGGAUCCUUCUGCGGAUCAACUAGUAAACUACAGGAAAUCACUUCAGGACUCCCCUGGCUUCAUCACUACAAAAAAUGGAACACCAGUUGGAAUCAAGACUGCAACACAGACUAUUGGGAGGAAUGGACCGGUUCUCCUCCAGGAUGCUAAUUUCAUUGAUGAGAUGUCAGCUUUUGACAGGGAACGGAUUCCGGAACGUGUAGUACAUGCUAAGGGUGCAGGCGCUUUUGGAUACUUUGAAGUAACCCAUGAUAUUACCAAAUACACUGCAGCUAGAGUUUUUGAAACUGUAGGAAAGAGGACUCCUAUUGCAGUACGAUUUUCAACUGUGGGUGGUGAAAGUGGAUCUUCUGAUACUGUUCGUGAUCCUAGAGGCUUUGCUGUGAAAUUUUACACUGAUGAUGGCAAUUGGGAUCUUGUUGGCAAUAACACCCCUAUAUUUUUCAUUCGGGAUCCUAUACUAUUCCCCAGCUUUAUUCAUACACAAAAAAGAAACCCUGCCACCCACUUGAAAGAUGCUGAUAUGUUUUGGGACUUUUUAACUCUAAGACAUGAAACAGUUCAUCAGGUGCUGUACUUAUUUGGUGACAGAGGCAUCCCUGAUGGUUAUAGAUACAUGAAUGGGUAUGGGUCGCACACAUUUAAACUUGUGAAUGCACAAGGGGUAGCACACUGGGUCAAAUUCCAUUACAAAACUAACCAAGGUAUCAAGAAUUUGCCAGUAGAGAAGGCUGGUGAACUUGCCUCAUCCGAUCCUGACUAUGCUAUCAGGGAUCUGUAUAAUGCUAUUGCUAAAGGUGACUAUCCAUCAUGGACAUUCUACAUUCAGAUCAUGACUUUGGCCCAGGCAGAAAAGGCCAAAUUCAAUCCAUUUGAUGUAACAAAGAUUUGGCCUCAUUCUGAGUAUCCUCUAAUUCAAGUUGGAAAAUUUGUUUUGGAUCGCAAUCCAAAGAACUAUUUUGCAGAGGUUGAGCAAAUAGCCUUCAGCCCUGCCCACUUGGUUCCUGGUAUUGAGCCCUCUCCUGAUAAAAUGUUGCAAGGACGUUUAUUCUCUUAUGUAGACACUCACCGCCAUCGCCUUGGAGCAAAUUACUUACAAAUACCGGUAAACUGCCCAUACAGAGUCAGAGUUUCAAACUAUCAGCGUGAUGGACCACAAGCUAUAAAUAACCAAGAAGGUUGUCCAAACUAUUUCCCAAAUUCAUUCUCUGGGCCUCAAGAGUGUCCUCGAGCUCAACGUUUGCAGCCACGGUACAACAUUACCGGGGAUGUAGACAGGUAUGACAGCGGCCAGACUGAAGACAACUACUCACAGGCUACAGUUCUUUAUAGGGAUGUUUUCGAUGACGCUGCGAAGCAGAGAACUAUUAACAACCUUGUCGGCAGCAUUAAAGAUGCUGCUGGUUUCAUCCAGGAGAAAGCUGUUAAGUUGUUCACACAAGUACAUCCUGACUUAGGCAGCAAAAUUGCAGCUGGCUUAUCCACCCACAAGAAAUAUCACGCCAACUUGUAAAUAGGACAUAAAAUGGGUCGGUGCUAUUUGUAAUAGUUAUUGAGCUUAAUUUUUUAAUUUAACAAUUUCUAGGGACAGGUUUUCAAUGAUAAUAUACAUAUGUAUAUUGGUUUUGUUAACUAUGGCAUUUAACAUUUUAUAUUUAGACUGAUAAUAAUGUAUAAUGUAAUAAUGUAUUUUAUAUAUACCAAGUGCGGGUUGUUGUAUAAUAUUAAUUUGUAGUCUUU